UUGUACCGAUUUGAACUUGUAAUAAAAUACAAGAACAUCUAAGUACAUUGCAUAGAUGAUUCUGAUGAAAUCUCCAUCUUGGUAUUCGAAACCAAGAUCCUUUGCUAUGGCCGGCCACAAAUUGUCUAGAGUGACACUUUGAUAGCCUCCAUCCUUUUCUACCAUAACAUAUAAAUCGAGUAAAUUUAUCUUUCUUCCGUCAUCCAACUGUGGGGGUAUCAUUCGUGUAGUAAUUUCCAUUUUUUCUUUAAGGAACCAACCCACCAUCGUUUCAAACUUUACUUCCAAAUCGUGCUUAUAUUUAAACACGAAAUCUCUGUCGUCAAUCAUGUCUAACAAGGCUUGACAGUCGGAGAAUUCUUUGAAUUCUAGUGCCCUUAUGAUCAUCCGACUCCAAUCAAACUCUUGUUCUUUCGAUACAUUCAAAUCUUCGAAAUAUGAAUUCAAGUAAUCUUGUUUGUACUUCUCAUUCAUAUCGUUCAGAUUUAAUACUUUCUGUCUCUCUUUUACCCCCAUUUCUUCUUCUUUGGUCAUUCCCGUAACAUCACUAAAAGUAUUUAACACGGGUGGACAAAACAUUGGGAAAAUUCUACAAGUAUCACCACUUUUCUUGACGGUAAAACCUUGUAGGGUGAGUUGAUUCAUACUUAAAACAUUUCUAUUCAAUUCGGGAGUAUACAGAACACUUUGUAUUCUUACAGUUUCGUUAUUGGAUUUGAUAUCCACAUUUCCUAUACCCCGUAUGAACAAGAAAUCAUUUUCACCGGUCUUUGUGUCAACCCCAAUUAAAUGUUUAAUCCUUUUAAAAACAUUUAUAUUUCCGGCGUAGUGAUGAGAGAACGAGUAACUAACAUACCAUAUGUCAUUCCACUGGCCAGCAUCCGUGCCAGUAACAAUCAUUUCGCCCCGAUCUCCUGCAUCCAUCCUUUGUGUUUGGAUUCCGGCGUUAAUCGCUUGAUUAACCAAUUGGGUUGCUUCAUCAUUUUCCUUUGAUUUACACGAGUAAAUCAAAUGUCCAGGCCGAUGACAAUAAAAACAUAACUUCACCUUUCGUUUGUGUUUCACCCCUUCAAGUUGUUCAUCUUCGCAGUGUUGGCACGGUAGCGUAGAAGAGGAUGUUCUUAUUUCCACAGGGAUUCUGGAAGUGGCUCUGAUACCACUUUGUUGGAGGCCCGAGACAUCAGUAUCAUUUGCAUAUGUAUUUGGAUUUGCAGCGGAAUUGAAUACGUAACUUGCAGGCAUGAUUAACAAGUGUGUAGAAUAAGAAAGAAUGAACGAUAAAGAGUACAAGAUGGACACUUUCUGAAUUGGAGGGAAAAUGUCUUGAUUCCGGAAUGGAUUGCCGGUGAUACCGUAUAUAUACAUAUUAUGUGUGGCGGUUAGUUAUGGCGGUAAACUGCCAUAAGACAGUUUGAAUUACCCGCUUUGGUUUAUGAUCCACACAUAUUUGACCCAUACUUAAUACAUGAUAAUUGUAACUUAAUAAAUACAUAAAACUAGAUAAUAAAGUUUAUAUAUUCUAACUAACAAAUUUCUCAUCCAAACUGUCUUACCUAGCGUUAGACAGUAACCACCUCGCAGGUAGCAUCCCUUCAUCUAUAGGCAAUUUGUUAGGCCUAACCACAUUUUCUUUAAGUGAAAACAACUUCACAGGCUUAAUUCCUGAAAGCAUUGGCAAGCUUCAAAACUUGCAAAUACUGGAUCUUGCCGCCAACUAUUUCUUUGGGGUUAUUCCAAGAUCUAUAGGAAACUUGUCACUUUUAACUAAAGUAGUAUUAGCUGAAAAUAGUUUGGAAGGCAGUAUACCCUCGACUAUUGGGAGUUGGAAACAGGUUAUACUUUUGGACAUUUAUCGAAAUAACCUAAGCGGGAGUGUACCUAAAGAGCUCUUUCAACUGACUUCACUUUCCAUAGGGCUAGAUCUGAGUCAAAACAAUUUGUCCGGAGUGAUUCCACAAGAGAUUAGCAAUCUGAAAGUCAUAGAAAUACUUGAUUUUUCUAUGAAUCGUUUAACAGGUGAACUUCCAAGUAGUUUAAGCAGUUGCAUCAGUCUUCAAAGCCUAAACCUUUCUGCCAAUAUUUUCUAUGGAUCAAUGCCAGAAUCAUUUAGUUCACUGAAAGGCCUCGAAUCGGUUGACUUGUCACACAAUAACUUUUCUGGGCACAUUGCAACAUAUCUGCAACAAAUUCCCAUGAAGCAUCUAAAUCUUUCGUACAAUAACUUUGAGGGUGAGGUACCUGUUAAAGGUGUUUUCACCAACACAAGUGCAAUAUCCGUCAUUGGGAACACCAGACUCUGCGGGGGAAUAGCUGACCUUCACCUACCCAAAUGCACAAGCACAACUAGCAACACCAAAAGACAAACUCGAAAGCUUUCUGUACGUGUUAUUGUAGCAGUUUCACUAUGUUCCACCAUUGCAGGUUUAGGUCUGUUGUCAUUUGUCUUGUUUUACUGUUGUAUAAAAAAGAAGAGAGAUAAACCAUCAGACGCAAGAUUGGCUGAAUCUUUUGAGAAGAUAUCAUAUGGAAGACUUUUUAAAGCAACUGAAGGGUUCUCUACAGAAAAUCUGAUUGGUACAGGUAGUUUUUCUUCGGUUUACAAAGGAGUUUCUGAUGAAAAUGGCUUCACUGUGGCAAUCAAAGUACUAAACCUUCUACGCCGAGGAGGUUUUAAGAGCUUUAUGGUUGAGUGUGAGGCCUUGAGAAACAUUCGUCACCGCAACCUGGUGAAGGUCAUAACAGCUUGCUCAAGUAUCGAUUUCCAAGGCAAUGAUUUCAAAGCUUUGGUGUACGAUUUCAUGCCUAACGGGAAUCUGGAGAGCUGGUUGCAUUCUGUAGAUCGUACCUUAGAUCUUGUUCAAAGAAUCAGUAUCAUCAAAGAUGUGGCUUGUGCUCUUGAUUAUCUCCAUUGUCAUUGUGGAAAUGUUAUCGUUCAUUGUGAUUUGAAGCCGAGCAACAUAUUAUUGGAUGCGGAUAUGGUUGCUCAUGUUGGAGAUUUUGGUCUGGCGAAAAUACUUUCCCUUGAAGAAGGUUCUUAUGCAAAUGCGAGUAGCUCAAGUAUCAUCAGAGGAACCCUUGGGUAUGCACCUCCAGAAUACGGGCUUGGAAAUGAAGUGUCAACCAGUGGGGACAUGUAUAGCUAUGGGAUCCUAUUGUUAGAGAUGUUGACAGGGAAAAAACCUGUUGAUCCAAUGUUUGAAGGAGGGCUAGGCCUGCAUUCCUAUGCUAGGAGGGCCUUGGCUGAUGGUUGUGUGCUUCAGAUUGUGGAUCCAGUGCUUCUAAGUGAGGAUGUCAAUGAAAAUUGUUUAAUUUCACUGGUAAAAGUCGGUGUGCAAUGCUCUUACGAGUCUCCACAAGAUCGAAUGGAUAUUGGGACUGUUAUUCAUGAGCUCUUCCGGACAACGUUUGCAAGUAGAUCUUAAUUUGCCAAACACCCACGAUGCAAGUGGUGCGACCUGAAAAGCUAGCUAGUUUUUGGUUUAAUAAUAUUGUUUUAAAUUGAAUAACUGAUGUUCGUGUGUGUGUGUGUGUGUGUGAACAUUGAUUUCUUAUCUAUACAUGUACUUGCUUUCUUCCAUAUGAAUCAAUAAACAAGAUAUGAUGUUUUUUGUGCAAAA